AUGGAUGCCACAUAUCAGACCAACAAAUAUAGACAACCUCUUUUUGAAAUAGUUGGCAUGACAUCGACCGAGUUGACAUUUGCGGUUGCAUUUUCUUAUAUGGAGUGUGAGCAGACAGAGAGUUAUUGUUGGGUCUUGGAUAAGCUGAAACAAUUGUUUGUGAAAAAAGAUGUGGGUCCACAAGAAUAUGUGAUGAAAGACAUGCAAGAGACGAUAAACACAUUGUGGAAAGAUGUUGUAUGGGCUAGUAAUGAGGUUGAGUAUGGUGUACGGUUGCAAUAUCUUGAGCAAGCAUGCUUUGCUUGUAGUGACUUCCUCGAUUACGUGAAAAACACUUGGUUGUUCCCACAUAAGCAAAGAUUUAUAGGCGCAUGGAUUGAUCGCGUGCUUCAUUUUGGUAACACCACGACUAAUCGGGUUGAGUCUGCACAUUGGAAGCUAAAGCAGAUGAUAGGGAACAGUCUUGGUGACAUGGUCAAAGUUUGGGAAGCUAUGAAUUCUAACCUAAAAAUACAAAUAGGUAACAUUCGAGCUUCAUGUCAAAAAAGUUUUUAUGAGGGAAAAUGUGGUUGUACUAUGAGAACAAGUUAUGGGUUACCUUGUGCUUGUGAGAUGGGAAAAUUGAUUGUUGUUGGAAUCCCAUUACCAAUAGAAAGUGUUCAUCUUCAAUGGAGGAUACUAUCUAUGGAAGGUGAGUUGCCUUUAGAUGAGGAAGCUGGUUCAGAGGUGGAUAUGAGUAAUGCAAUUGAUGAAUUGUGGAGAAGGUUUAAAUCACUAGAUGUUGUUGGAAAAAGAGCAUUGAAAAGUAGGGUUUGUGAAAUUGCAUAUCCCACAACAACUUCAUUGUGUCCACCACCUGAGAAAAUAAAAACAAAAGGAGGAGUGAAGAGGAAAGAGAAGAAACCAGUUGGGUAUGAUGUUUAUAGGGAUCCUUCAAGUUUUGAGUAUGCUGAUCAGGCGUCUCAAUCUUCACAAAUACAAUCGCAAGCAUCACAAACUUCCAGGAAGCAGUCACAGUCUAAGAAGCACUCACAAUCAAAUAAAACCCAAAAUAAAACAUAA